UCCUCUCUGGGCCUUGAUUAUAGAUAUCAAGUCGUAGUUUUACCUUUUCAUAAUUCUAACCUCGUUUGUUGACAGGAUAUGUUUCGAGUUUUAUAAUUCUACCGAUACGGCUGAAUUUGGUGACUUGGAAUUGAAAUUCACCUCAUCUGUAGGAUCAGGACUGCGGGAAACGACCGAUGUCGAUUGAGUCUGCAUCCCUCAGGAUGCUAACAGGUAUGGCUGCUGUAAGGGUAAUGAUGCUGCUCGCGCUGGUGCUGCCCACGGUGUCCACAAUAGCGGAUCUAAGCUCUGGAUACCGUAUGACUGAAAUCAACGAACUGGCCGACGGAAGCGGAGUCGUAGCGCACUUGGAACUUACCAGUGGGUGUGAAACUUACGGACCCAACUUAAAAGAACUCAGGCUCACCGCCAGGUAUGAGGACGGCGGUCGGGUUCACAUCCACAUUACCGACCCAUUACUCCCCCGAUGGGAGAUCCCGGACAUGCUCAUCCCGCGCGACCGCGUGGAGCAUAUACCCAUUGGCCAAUCAACCUCACCAAUUCGUUUCACGGAGACGUCCUACACGCUCAAGCGAGAGAGCAACUGGAUUGCUUCUCACCAGCUUAAAAUUACCUGGACAAAGGACCCCUUUAGCUUCUCCAUUAUUAGAAGAUCAAAUGGAGAUGUUUUGUUCAACACGCUUCCAGAGGCCGAAGGGGGCAGGUACGCCUUCAACCCCAUGGUGUUCAAGGACCAGUACCUGGAGAUAUCUACCCGCUUGCCACAAAACUCGUGCCUCUAUGGGUUGGGCGAAUCGACUCGCCCUUCUGGCAUGCGGCUCGUGCCCGGACAGAGCUAUACGUUGUGGGCUACAGACAUUGGCAGCUGGAACCUGGACUUUCCCUUGUAUGGCAGCUAUCCUUUCCUGAUGGACAUGCGUCCGGAUGGUCAAACGCACGGAGUGCUGUUCUUGAACUCCAAUGGCAUGGACAUUGAAUACAAAAGCGGCGACUCGCUGACGUUUCAGGUGAUCGGCGGCGUCUUCGACUUCUAUUUCUUUGCGGGGCCGUCGCCCAUGGGAGUAGUGGACGAGUACACGCAGCUUGUGGGACGGCCUGCGGCGAUGCCAUACUGGUCUUUCGGCUUUCAUCAAGCUCGUUACGGGUACAAGGACAUCGAAGAGCUGGAAUCGGUUCUGGCGAAAUAUGACGCCAUCAAUUUCCCGGUUGAGUCAAUCUGGGCCGACAUUGACCACAUGGACGGAUACAGAGACUUUACCUUGCAUCCGGAGCACUUUCCCGAGAAGAGAAUGCGGAGCUUUGUUCAAGGUCUUCACUUGAAAAAUCAGAAGUUGGUCAUGAUUCUUGACCCAGGAAUCAAGAUCGACGAGACGUAUGCAACAUUCACACGUGGGAGGGAGCUUGGUGUUUACCUUAGAAACGGAACUGGGGAUGGUUAUUACGUCACUCAAGUGUGGCCGGGAGCCACCCACAUUCCUGACUUUCUGCACCCCAACGCGCUUGAUUGGUGGACCAAGGAGGUGGAAGAGUUUUACAAGAUUGUUCCUUUCGAUGGAAUCUGGUUGGAUAUGAAUGAGCCAGCAAAUUUCUGCAGCGGGCCGAACUGCUGGUUCGACCCUGCUGUGCCGUGCAUUAUCAUCGACUCUUGCUGCAUGACUUGCGACAAUGAUCCGGAUAAGCUCACGCGCUGGGAUAAUCCGCCCUACAAAAUCAACGGCUAUAAGUCCAAAUUGCCGAUUUAUAAGAACACCGUGGCUACAAGUGCCCUGCAUUACGACGGCACCCCGGUUUAUAACACUCACAACGUCUACGGUAUGGCCGAAGGACUCGCCACCUACAAAGCCUUGGAGAAGGUACAAAAGAAGCGGCCAUUUGUUUUGUCUCGGUCUUCCUUCGUGGGCGGGGGUGCACACUCCGCGCACUGGACUGGUGACAACGGUGCGACAUGGACCGACAUGAAACACUCGAUCGCCAGUAUGCUGAACUCUGGCUUGUUUGGAGUACCAAUGGUGGGCGUCGACCUCUGUGGAUUCUACAUGGAGACAAACGAGGAACUUUGCGAGCGGUGGACGCAACUCGGGGCAUUCUACCCUUUCGCCCGUUCCCAUUCCGACAUUCACACAGGCCCGCAAGAGAUUUACCUCUGGAAGUCCGUCACCGAGACGGCCUCAAAAGCAUUUUACUGGCGAUAUCGUCUUCUACCCUUCUUCUACACGCUCAUGUACGAGGCGCAUACGUCCGGCGCUCCGAUAGCUCGGCCCCUCUUUUUCGAGUACUGGGAGGACAAAGAGACGUGGGAGAUCGACACCCAAUUCCUCCUCGGGAGUUCCAUCCUUGUCUCCCCGGUUUUGGAACCUAAUCAAACCUCCGUGCGCGCUUAUUUUCCGAAAGGCAUAUGGUACAACCUCUUCGACACGUCUGACGUGAUCCGCGCGGAGGACCACGGGAUCUGGAAGCACCUCUCCGCACCCAAGGACACGAUCAACGUCCAUGUCCGGCGAGGUUCAAUCGUCCCAAUGCAGGACUUCGCCAUGACGACCACGCUCGCAAGGAAGACCCCCUUCUCCCUCUUGGUGGCUUUCGCACCAUCCUUCCACUUUGCGGAGUUCUGCGCGGCGGGACGCUCGAUCGUCUGCCGGGGCAUUGACAGGGAGUUCGCCACGGGGCAAAUUUAUCUCGACGACGACGCCCAACCUACCAUGGACAUCACCGAGGGGCGAGCCUCACUUGUAAAGCUGGAGGCGAUUCGUACCUACGGGCACUACGUCCUGCGCUCCACUGUGACCCAGCCAGACUGUGCCAUCAAUCAGAGGCUAAUAAUCAACACCGUUGUGGUUCUCGGCUUGCAGGCGCGGCCGUUCAGCGUGCAUUUGAACGGCCGUCUCGCAUCGGUCCAGGUGAACGCAAAUGACUCCAUGAUGGAGCUUUCGGGACUGAACCUCUUCGUCCGUGAAGCCUUCGAGCUAAUCUGGAACAUCAUGCCCAAUGGUAACGGCGUUCAUUCCCGCUAGGAAUAUGACUGCACAUUGAAAUCCUGGUUGUAAACCUACCCAUUUGUGUAGACUAGACUUCCAUUUACUGAUCUCUGCUUCGACAGAUCGAUCUGAUCUACCUGUCACUGCUUCGGACCUAUCCCCAAGUCUACAGCGCUGUUGAUUAAUCGAACUCGUGAAGGAGGCGACUGAGGAAAUUAGCAGGCUUAACAAUUCUAGUUGUAUUGUUCUUCGUAUUUUUCUAGGUGUUGGCCUGCAGCCAUAUGGUCUUCGUUGUCAUUUUUAGGAGUUAGUUGGCCUGCAUGGUGCAGAUAGACAGACGGACAGACUAGUAUUUCUAGUGACGAUGGUGGCGUGGCUUAACCUAGAAAAAGAAGUGUCGGUAUGGUUUGUUUCAAUAUGACUUUACGUUGUACUCUCGAAUUCAACAUCAAAAUGUGGCCUGAAAU